GCCUGCCCAGCGCUGUGACACCAGACCUGAAAUCACCCUCGACUGGUCAGGACCUAUUUUAUGCGCUUUUUAUGAACUUCUUGCACACGGAUUUGGACCAAGUUUCUAAUUGCUUCAUCAACGUUAUUGAUCCAUUGAUCAACAUUAUUUUACCUGAUAAAAUAAUAUACAUUUUUAAAGAAGAAAAGGAUACUCUAAGAAGAAUGGAGAAGUGGACAACCCCUGAAUACUAUGACUAUGAUUAUGAAGAGCAGGAGAACAGCACCAUGUGUGACUACUCUGAGUGGAAGCCUUCCUACUCAGUCAUCCCAGUCCUCUACAUGCUCAUCUUCAUCCUGGGUCUCUCUGGCAACGGUGUGGUCAUCUUCACUGUGUGGAGGGCUCAGGCCAAGCGCCGGUCAGCAGACAUCUACAUAGGCAACCUGGCCAUGGCUGACCUGACCUUCGUGCUGACUCUGCCACUGUGGGCAGUGUACACUGCAUUGGGAUACCACUGGCCCUUCGGUGUGGCCCUCUGCAAGAUCAGCAGCUACGUGGUGCUGCUCAACAUGUACGCCAGCGUCUUCUGCCUCACCGCCAUGAGCUUUGACCGCUACCUGGCCAUCGUGCACUCUCUGUCCAGCACCCAGCUGCGUACCCGUGGCCACAUGCAGGCCUCCCUGACGGCCAUCUGGCUCCUCUCCGGCCUACUGGCUGCCCCCACACUCAUCUUCCGCACCACCAAGGAUGACGAGAGCAGCGACCUCAUCUCCUGUGGCAUGGACUUCAGCCUGGUGUUGGGUGGGGGUAAUCAAACAAUCAGUCAAUCAAAUGAAUUGAAGCAGAAGGAGUCCAUGUGGAUCGCAGGGCUCAGCAUCUCCUCCUCUGCCCUGGGCUUCCUCCUACCCUUCCUGGCCAUGAUGGUGUGCUACUGCUUCAUCGGCUGCACCGUGACACGCCACUUCAACAGCCUGCGUAAGGAGGACCAGAGGAAGAGGCGUCUGCUGAAGAUCAUCACCACCCUGGUGGUUGUGUUUGCUGCCUGCUGGAUGCCCUUCCACGUACUGAAGAGCGCUGAUGCCCUCUCCUACCUGAACCUGGCUCCAAACACCUGCGCCUUCCUCCGCUUCCUCCUGCUGGCGCACCCUUAUGCUACCUGCCUGGCCUACGUCAACAGCUGCCUCAAUCCCUUCCUGUAUGCCUUCUUCGACCUGCGCUUCCGUUCCCAGUGCCUCUGUCUGCUCAACCUGAAGAAGGCCAUGCACACCAGCCCCGGCAGCUCCAUGUCCUCCCAGAAGACAGAGGCCCAGUCGCUGGCCACUAAGGUGUGACGUUUAUGCCGGGGUCAGGGGGCAUGGAAGAGAGAUGCCAGCCAGAGGGAAUAGGUCUCUAGCUGCCUUUUCCUGUCCUGCCUCCAUCGUCACCUGAACACUACAGGUAAAUGUAAGAUUUCAGAGGUGCAUGAUAUCAUUACCUAUCCAGCAAAAUGAUAUCAUUACCUAUUCAGCCACAUGCAUGUGGACUGCAGACUGAGUGCAAAUGUACGUGUCCUCCAGACUGUGUGACUGAGGAAACUGAUAGUCAGUCUUCUGGCUGUAAUCAUGACCACUGACAUCCUCCAAGCUCACUCUCAGUGAUUAGGAAGUUUGUACAAACCCCUUGAACUGCUUGAUACAGGGGGCCAAGCUCCAUGCCAGGGUGAUGCAAACCAGAACCCAGACAUUUUGGACAGAGUUGAAUGUAUUUCAAAGGGACAAAGCAGCUCAUAUUGUUCUCCUGGUGUUCCGUGUUGACUUAAGACAAGUUCUUAGGUGGGUUGUCCCAUGGCUCUGGCUUUUAACACUGGAGGAGUGUAUUAUACAUGCAUUUGUACCAUGCUGUUCUUGUUUUUUUUAAGCACUUGCUCAUUGGAAGGAGGUGAGACCUCUUCCUCUGCCCCAGUCAUGACGUACGUGUGUGUGUGUGUGUGUGUGUGUGUGUGUGUGUGUGUGUGUGUGUGUGUGUGUGUGUGUGUGUGUGUGUGUGUGUGUGUGUGUGUGUGUGUGUGUGUGUGUGUGUGUGUGUGUGUGUGUGUGUGUGUGUGUGUGUGUGUGUGUGUGUGUGUGGGUCCAGGAAAGGUGUUGCAGCUUGAUUAAAAAAGUUGUAAAGGGAGAUAAGGGCACGGAGGGGGGGGUGGUCCCAGACGGACAGAUGGCAGCUGACAAAUGUUGUCGAGUGAGGAGAGCCAACUAAUAGGUGGCUGCUCUGACAGAUUAAACUCUUUGUGUGUGUGUGUGUGUGUGUGUGUGUGUGUGUGUGUGUGUGUGUGUGUGUGUGUGUGUGUGUGUGUGUGUGUGUGUGUGUGUGUGUGUGUGUGUGUGUGUGUGUGUGUGAAUGUGUGUAUUGAAUCAGGAUUGGGGAAGGCAUGAAUUAACUUGUUUUUAUUUGACAAAGAUGUGAAUACAUGCUGUACAAUGCUUUCAUGUGAUGAUUUGAAAUAAAAAAGUUUUCUGAUGAACUAAAA